CUAGCACAUUCCUUUCCAGAAUCCCAAAAAUAUGUCGGUUGUGCAUGUCGACGGAUGAAGAAAUGGAGCCUUUAGCGUACGACGAGUCGGGCGAUUAUCUGUUACAGAAAAUCUUUGAAUGUACAAGCGUUCAGGUUAUGCCACUAGCAGGAUUCCCAUCGAAUUUGUGUACGAUCUGCGAAUCGCGUCUGGAUGAUCUGUACUUGUUUCGCUGGCAAUGCAUUAAAAACGAUGAGUUGAUCAACCGUUUUUCUGCAGAACUGAACAAACCUUCCAUACCUCCAGAGGACCAUGCUACGCAGCGCACCAUUGAUACCGAAACGGUGACUGGGAAAGAUGAGGACGUCAGAAGGAGUGUUGAAAAAGACGAGAUAAUUGAAACUAAUCCCAGCACGAAUGAGACAACCGAUGGAGACGAUUUGGACGGGAGCUCGGAUUAUGAGUUGUUAGAGGUAAAACUAGAAGAAGACGAUGACCAGUCAUAUAUCGUGGUGCUCGAGCCACGAUCACCAUCACCGGAUGAGGAACUCGAUCUUCAACAACGCACCAUCGGAACGGUUCCAGUAGAAACUGCUCCAAAGAACAGGCCGAAAGUUAAUCCCAGCAUCCACAGCGUCGUGCAUGACCGACUGUGUCCGUACUGUCCGGCCACGUUCCGGACGGCAUCCAGGCUGAUGUUUCACAUAAAUACACACACUGGUAAAAAGCCUUACGUGUGUAAGGUGUGCAACAAAGCGUUCCAUUCGGCCAACAACCGGAAGGUACACAUGAAGCUUCACGACAAAGACCAACAUCACCAGUGCCCCCACUGUUCGUCGAAGUUCGCUCAGUUCCAUCAGCUUGAGGUGCACAUCCGCACCCACACUGGGGAAAAACCUUACGUGUGUCCGCAGCAGCAGCAUCGUUCGCUCCAGCAGUGA